AUGGCAGCUGCCACAUUUCAUUCUCCACUGGGCAUUCUCAUCACAUACUUUCAACCGGCAAUGCGUUUAUUCAUACUAACUACCAGCUUUCUCUUUACACUUAUCACCACCUCAUGCGCCUGGACAAACAAUCGAUCUCUUGAACCUUUGGGCGACGACGACACGAUAGUCACUGCCAGGGAUGUCGACAUCGACAGGACAUGCAGACACCUACGCACGUUGACAAAGCUCAGUGACAUCGCAAAUAACAAGACCGCGUUGGACGCGACGGAGAUACAUGGCAGGCUCGCUCAAGCGCGUGUUGACUGGAUCAAGAACCACAGUGCCGACAUUACUGCCAAACUCGGUAAGCUGACAUCCAACUCAACACUUACAACCGAAUAUGACACUAUCAACGCGCAGCGCGACGCUGUUCGUGAAUGCAAGGCGUUGGACACGUUGAAAAGGCUGGUAAACUCGCCAAAUGGUCAGACUGGUCUCGACCAAGGACCCGCUGCGGACUUCCUCAACGAGGAGCAAAAACAGAACCUACAGCAAAAGUUUGAAAAGGCAUCUUUGAAGCUACAGGAGCUCAAGAGCAACGCUACGUUGAUGGAUCUCUGUAACAACAAUGCUGUGUUGCAGCAGAACGGCGCGAUCGGUAGUCGUAAGUAUCCUCACCACCCCGCGUACGCAAGAUGUGUUGACAUGUGA